AUGUGCGGGCGAGCGGCCUUGGCCCUGCCGCCGGCAGCCGUGACCUUGCCCGCUCCCGGUGGGGUCGGAAACACGCGGGAUGCAAAUCCUGCCACGGAAACGGCCCGCACCCUUUGCCAUUUACAUACAGCGGCUCGCAUGCACACAAACACACAACCCUCUCACCUCUCAUCCCUCUCCCACCACCCUGUUGUUGGAGACAUUACGCGAGAAAUGUUCCGA